GCCAUUUCCGGGCGGGGCGGCGCCGGGCCCAGGCCGCCGCCAUGCCGAUGAAAGGCAGGUUCCCCAUCCGGCGGACGCUGCAGUACCUCAGCCAGGGCGACGUCAUCUUCAAGAGCUCGGUGAAGGUGAUGACCGUUAACUACAACUCGGCAGGAGAGCUGAGCGAGGGCGCCAGGAAGUUUGUGUUCUUCAACAUCCCUCAGAUCCAGUACAAGAACCCCUGGGUGCAGAUCAUGCUGUUCAAGAACAUGACUCCGUCGCCCUUCCUCCGCUUCUACCUGGACAAUGGAGAACAAGUUUUGGUUGACGUGGAAGAUAAAACCAACAGAGAGAUAACAGAGCACAUUAAAAAAAUCCUGGGGAAAAGCAAAGAAACACUUGAAAAAGAGGAAAGAGAAAGGAGGAAACUAUCACAUCCAGCAACUUUUGGGCCCAAGAAGUACCAUCUGCGAGAAUGCAUCUGUGAAGUUGAAGGCCAAGUUCCCUGCCCUGCUGUUGUGCCACUACCCAAAGAGAUGAGGGGAAAAUACAAAGCUGCUGUGAAAGACGAAGCAUCAGCCUGACCGCUCACGUCAGACACUUGGCUUUGCUCAGACCGCAAUGAUCAAGGUGCUUCAGGGGCAGGCAAGAGCUAACAGCUCCUGGAAAUAGAGUCAAGCAAAUUGGUGUCACACAUAUAACUCUUAAGUCUUCUUUCAGCUACAACCAGAAUAGUCAAAGUGAAAAAUAAAUAAGUUAAAACCUCAGCUUUUUUUUGGUGCCAGUUUUACAAAGCAUUACAGGCAACACUGCGUGAAAGGAAGCCAGAACAACUAGAGCCCUAUUUCCUACUCCUGCCUGCACAUGCAAGGUUGAGGUGAAAACAAGAUGCUGUUUGCUGUGGGAUUCACAACAGGCUGAAAAGUCCAAAGCACAGAAUUCCACAAUGUAUACAAUGCAGUACAGAGGUGUUUCUCCUGUCUCAUGCUAACUGCAGCCAGCCAAGUGG